GACUACGGUUAGAGAGGGUCCCAUAUAAAAGCAUUAGCAAGCCGUUCUAGCUCGAUUAGUUUGUUUUUUAAAUUCCUAACAGAAACACGCGUUUCUCGCCUCCGCCGUCAAAUUUUGGUCCUUGCCAAGUGCCGUUCCAGUAGACGAACAACCGCACGGACUGAUCCCGGAUCUCAAGCGCGCGGUCUAGCUCAGUGAUUGGAAAAAACGGUAUUGGUAGCUCUAGCGUGACCAUAGUUGCUCGCGGAAAUCCACUCCCACAGGACCCUUUCCUUUGUGCUUACGCGUGGUGUGAUUGUUGUGUGUUGACUCCCUGCAUAGAAAGGAAAACUGAGUAAAUCGUCGAUUAGAAGAAACAAGAAAGGUUUUGGUGUGAUAAGAAUUUUGAUUUACCAAAAUUAGUGACAUACGCAAGUGAUUGGCGAACGGAAAAAGGAAAAGUGCUCCGAAGAAAACCUUUCAAAAAGUGAUUGUGCGAAUAACGUUGAAUAGUGUGUGUAAAUCAGCGCAAGAAAAUAUUUGAAAACAGGAUCAAAGGAAACAUUCCAUAUAUUACACGAAAUCAAUACGACGUCUCCAUCGAUUUUAACUUGCUGUGACUCCUGUACGAACCUAAAGCACCAACACUACCAUGGGUACUUUGCAACAGUUGGCCGUCAUCAAGGGACAGCAGCGUGGACUGAUCCCGGCGCUACUGCAUCGAACGUUUGAGGCCAACGUUGAUAAGUUCUGUGGAACUGACACAGCACUUAUUUUCGACGACGACAUCCAAGGGCCCACCAAGAUCAAUUACAACGUUCUGAACUCGACGGCAAACCGCCUGGCUACGACAUCCAUCGGGUUGAUCGCCAACCGUCACAAAUCAAAACCGAACCGCGACGGAGAUUACAUCAUUGCGGUGUGCAUGCAGCCGAGCGACCGGCUGGUGAAAACGUUGCUGGCGAUUUGGAAAGCCGGUGCCGCCUAUCUUCCGCUGGAUCCCACCUUUCCGCCGAAUCGUAUCGAACACAUUCUGAACGAGGCCCAACCGGUGCUGGUCAUCCACGAGGACUACGAAAACGUGGCCGUGUUUGGCAGCACUCCAGCAGUUUCCUAUAAUGAUUUGUGGAAAAAGGCUUGCGAUAUGAGCAAUGCCAACAUUCUUCCGGAGCAGAUGCUGGGCGCUGGUCGGAACGAGUUGGCUUUGGUGCUGUAUACCUCUGGAAGCACCGGUGUUCCGAAAGGUGUCCGACUCAACCAUGCCACCAUUCUCAACCGGCUUCAAUGGCAAUGGAAUCGAUUCCCCUAUUCGAAAACGGAAAAGGUCGGUGUGUUCAAAACGGCUCUGACCUUUGUCGAUUCCGUCACCGAAAUCUGGGGCCCAUUGCUGAACGGAAUGGCCAUCGUUAUCGUACCCAAGAAAAUAACCAACAACCCAGAGCGACUCGUUGAGCUACUCGAAGAGUACAAAAUCGAGCGUCUGGUUCUGGUACCAACCCUGUUGCGUUCAUUGCUUCUCUAUCUGCCACUGCAGAAGAAGAAGCUCCUGUACAAUCUUCGCGUGUGGGUUUGCUCUGGAGAGCCUCUACAGUUAUUGCUUGCCAAAGAAUUCUUCGACUAUUUCGAGGAAGGAGUUCAUCAGCUGUGUAACUUCUACGGGUCAACUGAGGUCAUGGGAGAUGUCACAUACUUCGUAUGCGAGUCCAAGAAACAGCUCAGCAACUACGAGAAAGUUCCCAUUGGAUAUCCACUGGAUAACACAGUUAUAUACAUACUGAAUCCAGAACUUCAACCUGUUAAACCCGGCGACAUUGGAGAAUUGUUCGUUUCCGGGCUGAACCUAGCCCAGGGCUAUGUCAACGGUCGUGAUCCCCAUAGAUUCAUCGACAAUCCACUGGCUGUUGAUCCAACAUAUUCGAGACUCUACUCCACGGGGGAUUUCGCCUCUGCCACCAAGGGGUGCGUCUACUACGAAGGUCGCACUGAUUCCCAGAUUAAAAUCCGUGGCCAUCGUGUGGAUCUCUCCGAGGUGGAGAAGAAUCUCCUGUCGCUCCCUGGAGUGGACAAAGGUAUUGUGCUGUGUUACCACGCUGGUGAUAUUGAUCAGGCAAUACUUGGCUUCAUCACUGUUGAGAAGGGUUCCACACUGCAAACGGGACUACAGAUUGAGGGUGCUCUUGAAAGCAAACUACCGCACUACAUGAUCCCACAGGUCAUUAUUCUGGACAGCAUUCCACUCCUGGUGAAUGGAAAAAUUGAUCGACAGAGUUUGCUGAAAAUGUAUGAGAACACAAACAACAAUGAUGAUGCCACCAUCGAGAUCGAAUAUGAUUACACAGGCGUUCCGGAAUUCAAAAUGGCCAUGGCCAAGGAUCUCUUCACCACUGUUGGCCAGGUCAUUGGGCGCUCCACGCGUGCGAAAAUUUCGCUGCAAAGCAACUUCUACGAACUGGGCGGCAAUUCCUUGAACUCGAUCAUCACGGUAACCCAACUCUGCCAGAAAGGUCACGCUAUAAGCAUUACCAGUUUCAUUGGUGCAGAAAAUCUGGCUGAAGUUUUGGAGACAAUGUACAAAAAUCAUCAGCAUAUUAUUGCACACGAAGAAAAUGAAGAGGGAGGAUCUGCGAUUAAUCGAGAAUUUGAAUUUGAGUACAAAAUGCAUCUAUCAGCGCAUCCUCUUGCUGAUGAACACAAAGAAGACGCUAUCAACAUUCUGACGUACAGUUUCUACGAAAAAGCUGAUCUGGAGCGAUGGAUUAAACCCCUGAUUCACGAGAAAGAUUACCGGGAUAUUCUGGAAGAUAUUUGGGAAGUUCUGAUUGAGAAAGAGCUUAGUUUCAUGAUCAAGGACGAAAGCGGAAAAUCUGUUGGUGUUUCACUGAACUUCGAUGCUCACGACGAGCCGGAACCGGAGGUAACCAACAACUUGGUCAUAAUUUUCGAAUUCCUGGAAUACGUUGAGAAGCCUAUUCGAGAACAGAAACUCCCCCAGGGUAAGAACCAAAUACUGCACUCGUUCAUGAUGGGCACCUGUGCAGAACUAUCCGCUCAGGAAAACAUCGAGGCUAUGCACUUCAUGGAAAGCGAAGUCCUCAAGAUCGCCUACCGACGGAACUUCACGGGUAUUCUGACGACCAAUACCAGCCCGUUAACCCAGCAGCUCGGGUCUAACGUGUACAAGUACGAAACCAUGCUGGAGUACCCGAUCAAUCAGUACGUCUACAGCGAUGGUAGCCGACCUUUUGGAAAGGCAGCGGACGAUCAGCGAGUGCUUGUACACUGGAAGAACAUCCGAAAACAGCACUGAGCUGCCCCAAGAACAGUUGGGCGGUUAUUACAAUUACCGCUAGCGUAUUUGGCACCGUAUUCAUCGUUGUAUUAAGUAUCUAAUCGAGCUACACGUUAGGUUAAGAAACUCUGCAAGAGCAUGUCGAAAUGUAACCAAUCGUAGAUGUUGAUAGCAAAUGUAGUCUGUAAGGAAAUGCACCGAGUGCGAUGCAAGCGUAUUUAACACGAGUUGCAGCACUGAGUGUGUGAGUGAUAUAUUGUUAGGAUAAUCAUACAAACAAGGUGAUCUAAGACAAGCGAGAAAGGUAACUAUGAGAGGAUUUAGAUUUUGUAAGAUAUUUGUUUCCGAGUUGGGAAUAAAACACGAUAUUUAUGACAAUAAAAGAAGAUUUUUACUUAUCUGUA